UUUGCCCUAGUCGUGUGUCUCGACAUGCGGUACCAGCAGCUGCCUUGGUGAAAAAGUAAAAAUGUGACUGUGCUUCUAGAUGGGAGAAUAAAAUCCAUAAAUUUGCCGAAAAUACGAUCCAAACUAGCAUGACUAUUACGUCAAUUCCUGCAUCAUAACAACUAGCAACCAACAUCAAAUAGUCACAGAACAGUGAAUCUUAACAUCUCAGUUUUUCCAAUUUGAAAAAUUGCAGUGCGGUCUAUUCAUAUAAUCAGCAGGCAGAGGUAUAACAACAUGGCUGACCAACAGGCAGUAAAUGCGCCAGAACAGCAACAGCCAGCACCGCCACAACAACAGCAGCAGCAAAUUCCUCAACAACAGCAGCAAUCACCUCCGGAACAAGUUCCGGCCAAUAACAAGGUAGUGGUCCCACAGCAGCAAAAAGAAGUUAUUGCUGUCAAGGUAAGCGGUGUGGUUAAAUGGUUUAACGUCAAAAGCGGAUACGGUUUCAUCAAUCGGGGUGAUACUCAAGAAGAUGUGUUUGUCCAUCAGUCGGCAAUUGCACGUAACAAUCCUAAAAAAGCCGUCCGUUCCGUUGGCGAUGGAGAGGUUGUCGAAUUCGAUGUUGUCAUUGGUGAAAAAGGUAAUGAGGCUGCCAAUGUAACUGGUCCGCAGGGUGAAGCGGUGAAGGGAAGCCCUUAUGCCGCAGAGAAACGCCGCGGUUAUCGGCAAUGGUGGCAAAAACGUGGCCAACGUCGCCCCGGGCCACCAAGAUCAAAUGAUGAAGACUUUACAGAUGAACCAUUAGAAAAUUUAGCGCCCCCACCCCCAAUGCAACCUCAGCAACUACAAGUGAAACAUCAAGCACCGCAACAACAGCGACGUUUUCCGCCUCGAGGCCGCGGUGGUUACUCCUAUUAUCGGGGUCCUCCUCCUAGAGGUCCACGUAGAGAUGGUAACCCGAUGAAUGACAACGGAUUAGUUGAUCAAAAUCAAUUGGUUGAUGGUCAGAACGGUCCUCGGGGUGGACGUGGUGGUGGUUCAAGACGUUUCUUCCGUCGUAACUAUCGUAAUGGAGGUAGAGCAAUGGGUGGUCCAGGCGGCCCUCCUCGCAGAGGUGGAUACCGUGGAGACUACCAAAAUGAUUAUCAUCAGAAUGGGCCAGAACAACCACGUCGUAUGCCACCGGGACGCGGCGGUGGACGUCCCCGUUAUCCACGCCGUGGAGCACGAAACACGCAAAGACCACGAAAUGACGGAGCAGGUGGUGGUAACAAUAAUGCUGUGCAAAACACCACUACGGAGAGUUCCGCUUAGAUCGAUGGCAUAAGCAAGAUGAGAACAUAGCAGAUUGGUAAUUAACAUCAUCAAUACAAAUUUCACCAUCUCACAUGCGAACAAUCAGAAUUCGCAAAAAGAAGCAAGCAGCAAUUUUGCCUGCUGGUGAGAUUGGUGUCUUUAGAAAGGCUCUUGAAGCGUAAAUGGAACAAACUAUAUAGAAUAUAGAGAAGUGUAACAACCUAUACUAUUUUAAAUGUAACUAUUCAAUUGACAACCAAAUUGAAUAUUGGAUCGUGUUGUGAAAGAAAAGUUUAAAUUUUGAAUCGAAUCGGAAAAGCAAAUAAAAACACUGUAAUAUCAACAAAGCAAAAGCAGCUCGUUGGAAGAGGAGUGCGACGAAGCACGUCGGGUUAGGUCGAAUUUUACUAUUAACGCUGGCUGAUUAGGCUGUUCUCUAACCAUGCGCAAAAGUAUCGCUGAAAUAGUUGAAAAAAAACAGUAAUUCGGACGGAUUGUCCUUUGGCAUUUAAUGCCCUAUAUAGCAUGAUACCAUCAUUAAACCAUCUACGUACCUAAAACAUCUCAAACAAGAAAGUCUAGUUUUUAAGGCCUUUCGACAUCAUAGGACUUUAAUAUCCUUGCACUAAGAAUGGAUUUUCUUGUCAGAAUAACUGUUUAGCGGCGAUAUUAGGUUUAAACCUUGUCACACAGUUAGGAGUACCGGUUAACUCAGUCCACGGUAGUCAAACGACGCAAACACCCCCCGUACAAUCGUUAAUAAAUUCUGUUUUUUCGUAUCGUUUUCCAAAAUUUCAAACAGUUUUGUUGCCUUGGAUUGUCAUUAAAGUCCGAGUGGUUUAAAUUAGCGUUAAGUUAAUAACUGAAACUGUGAAACAUAAAAUAUCGAAACAACCAAUAUUCGGUUUGGUUCAAAAUAAAGGUUCUGAUUUGAUACUAUUAAAAAGUAAUUAAAGUAAUACCGAGAAGCAGAAAUUUACAAUAAUAAAAACUUACAAUAUCCAUUGAAACGAAAAUAAAAACUAACCAAACAGCAAAAGUAGUGGAGAAUGUUUAAGGUAAGGUACAUAAACUCGCAAAAAGAGAAAGAGAGAACAUUAAAGCAUCGUCAGGCUAGUUAGGAAGCUGGUAAAAAAGAUGCAAUCUUUACCGCCACCGCCGCCGGGUCAAGCCACCAAAUUUCUUUUUCUUAUCGUGAACUCUAGUAUCGUUCGUGUUACUUUUCUGUUUUGUGUUUGCUUUACCACACAGUCACGAGCAGGAUAUUUUUAGUAUUUGAAAUCGGGGCGCUAAACCCGCUCCGUAUUUUUAUUUUAAGCAGUCUAAAACAUUUUUACAUAGCUACACACGUCACACUAUCACUACAGACAUAAAGUAAAGCAUUUUUAUCGAUGUUCUUUGAUGCGUAGAAAUAUCAUUUUUAAGAAAAUUAUCUAACCCCUCUUUCAACCAAAAAUAUUUAACAACGGCAAACAUAUGCUAGGGACAAAUCCUUUAAAACAACAUUGAAUGUACUUGUCGAUAUGGAUAGAUGCAACAUGAAAUAAUAAAUGAAUAACAAGCAACACGAUUUAAGGAGUGAAAAUAAAACCAGUUCUAUAAACAAUGCUAUAAACUGUAAGGAAUGAUACAAGUAAACUACUUUAAUAAGAAAGAAAAAACUUGAACUAGUAAUAAAGAUAAAACACGUUUGAUGAUUGCUCCACGAAAAAAAACAUACAUAAGAAAUAAGGUUACAGUACAUUUGAAAAUAAACGCUGAGAGUGCAUACAUCUGUACAAGAAUAACGAAACGCAAGAGACCUAUUAACCAUCUGCCGAAUUAAGACCACGCUAAUCUAACAUCAGAACAGCAUACUGUAAUUGAUUUACGAAAACAAACAAAAAAUGGAUUAAAUCUGCAAAAAAAUUGAAAAAAA